AUGGAUGGACACGGUGUAAAUACAAAAAAAGACCAAAUAGGUGCAUCAGAGGGAAAUGAAAACACAGAAAAUACGCUAGGCAAUGGCUCGUCUAUUUUUGCAAAGUCUGACUCUGUACCAGAGAUGGUGUCUGUCUCUUGCAAAAGCAGAAAAGUAGAUAUGCCAAUAUUCACAUCUGAGUACUGGAAGGUCUUGCAGUACAAAGAGGCCUCAUAUGUUCAUUUUUUCCUCACAAGCCCGCUAAGCACAAUUUGCUAUUUUGGAGAGAUGCAUGAGCUGUACUUCAGUAGAGUUGGUCUUCUUAUGCUGUAUCUUAACACUUGGAUAUUUCUACUGGCCAUCAGCAACAUUGUUUCCUACUACUACUACAGCUACAGCAUACAAAAAGAGUAUGGUGCACAGAAAACCAAGGCACUUUUUAAAAGCUAUCUCUACGUUGUCCAUUUUAUCAUGGUUAUACUGUCUAUUUUUAACAUAACGGCUAUCAAUGUGCUGCUGGGCAGAAGCGAGGUAAAGAUCCUGAACACUCCUGAAAUAAACAGGACAGAAAACAGCUCUAUAGCACUAUUGCCAUGGAUGACUAAAAAAGCUCAUUCUUAUUUGGGGAUAGUUUCGGUGUACAUCCUUAUGUUUGCUUCAACCAUAGUACUUUCGUAUGUGGAAAAUAAUUACAGAUUUGUCACUGAGAAUAGAGUGCGAUCGCUAAAUCAGUUCAAAUACGUGGUAAUUAAGACAGCAGCAAUCAUUUCCUGCCUAGCUGUUCCGAGCAUUCACUGUUUGAUAAAUUCAGUGCUUUUCAACCAGCACAAAACAUGGUCUGACCAUCUUGUGUUUGGCGCCUACAUACUGUUUUGUGCACUUGUAUACUGUGUAAUUGGAGUGUUUCUUACUGGCAUUAUCUAUGGCUCUUUUACACCAUGGAUCAAAAGAAAUGAGGAUCUACAGAAAGAAAAAAAGCUAAGAAAAACAUCAAAAGCCAUUCUUUUUGCAAUGAGCAUGGCAUCUGAAGUCACAGCUGUGCUUUUUAUCAGUAAGUGGUGGCUGUUUGAUGGCGCAGCCUAG